UAUUUAAAGCAAACUGAGAAAUAUGAAAUAGAUUUAUUACUAAAUAAGAACAGAGUUGUUGAUGAAUUUAUAGCGCGGAAAUACUUUGUUUAUUUUUUUUUGUUUAUUUAAAACUCACACUCUGGUUUGUUUAAAUUCGUGCCACAAAAUAAAAUCAUAAAAUCAUAAAAUAUUAAUCGACUGGUUUGCUGUUUACUAUCAAUGGUGAUUACAUACUAUUCCUAACUUUAUCAGUUGAAGAAAUGGGAUAUACUUUGUGUGACUGAGAUUCGGAUUAGAGGUGACCAGCGAAUAAACAAAGUGAAUUGAAACACCAAUAGUGUAAUUUAUUAAAUCGCUGUAAUUAUGAACGUUUGUUUUCCUCGUUUGAUAAAACAUGGCGUGAUUAAAUUUGGAAUGCAUCUUGGAAAUGGACCUAAAUUAUCCGGAAAUUUAUUAUGUAAAGUUGGUAGUGUUAUGCAAACUGACAAGAAGAUAACAAACCAGACUCACACGUAUACAACAAUGGCGAGUGAACCAAAGUUUUUGGAUAAAGGCAAUUUGUCUGAAUUUCUACAGUCUUAUGAUACAUUUAUGUUGGAUUGUGAUGGCACUCUUUGGGAAGUUGAUCAUAUUACAGCAAUUCCUGGGAUUGACAAAGUGAUACACAUGCUUAAUAAACUAGGAAAAAGAUUGCUAUUCGUGACCAAUAACAGUGUGCAUUCGAAUCUCAAUUAUAAACUGAAAUUUCAAAAUUUUGGCUUUGAUGCUCCAGAGGACCAUAUCUUUGGUGUUGCCUAUGCAACAGCUGUAUAUCUCAAAGACAUCGCUAAAAUGAAUGGGUUAGUUUAUUUAGUUGGAAGUCCGGGAAUGGCAUCUGAAUUUUCUAAAGCUGGAAUUAACUAUUUUGGAUUUGGUGCGGAUCCGGACAAAGCUUCAUGGGAUCCGAAGGAUUUACUUGACAUGGAGUUCAGACCAAACGUCAAAGCUGUUGUUGUUGGCUACGAUGAACAUUUCCAUUACAACAAAAUCUACAAGGCAGCAAGUUAUCUACAAGAUUCAGAAUGUAUGUAUGUAGCAUCAAAUGAUGUUGAAAUAAGUUUUCCAUUAGGCCCCGGAAGAAUGCAGCCAGUUACUGGUACUCUAGUCAAAACGGUAUCAAUUGCAGCUAGGAGGGAACCAAUUGUAGUUGGAAAGCCUCAUCCGUUGUUUCUAGAUUGUGUUAUGAAAAAGCAUCCAGAAAUUGCUAAGGAGCGGACGGUUUUCAUUGGAGAUAGUUUAAAAGCAGAUAUAGGAUUUGCCAAUAAUGUUGGAAUUGACUCGGCGUUUGUUUUGACAGGGACUCAUAAUCUUGAUGAUAUGAAAUCGGGCGAAUUUCCGACACCUACUUACGUUAUGAAAUCACUAGCAGAUAUUUUAGAUAUAUAAAUUGGAUUAAAAUAAAAUAUUGAUAAGAAUU